UAUAUGUAGCGGUUGUGUUUUGCAAAAAAAAAGAUGCACUAAAUCAUCUUCUUAUAAAUUCCAAUAGGCUAGCAGCAGACACUUGACAGGCAUGAUCGCCUUCCAAUUGAAUCCGUGUAAACAUGCUGGAAGGGGCGGGAGCUGGGGUAUCUCAUGUCGUCAACGCGAGGCGCUUUGUUGUUCCUUCGAGACACAAGUCGGGAAAAAAUAACUUUUUGAUUUAAAAUAAGACAAUCUGUGUGAUAAUAGUUUGCAACGAUUAGGGUCGGUGCCAUGGCACUGUGAUCUGGACUGGAGGUGUACGGUAUCAUGUACAGUAUUGGGAAAAGUGCCUUCUUGGAGGAAUACAGCUAGCGGAAGGAAUUCCAGGGAAGACGGGAAAAAUCUCGGCAGGGAUGCCAUCAGCAAGUUGGAAAAAUGUACUUCACGCCACGAUAUGGGAUUGAUCCACCUCUCCGCGGAAUUAUGUGCACGUUUGAUUAAUCCCGGGUGCCGGAAAGGAGCGUGUUGUGUGCUUUACAACUAUUGUUCGGACAGUUAGCAAGUUAGCCACGUAGCUAUGGCUAGGAAGACAUUUAAAAUGGCGGAGGAUUGGCCCGUGUCUGUGGCCGUCGUCUUCAUGUUGUUGGGUUUGAGUGCCUGUGCACUGGAGCCCUGUCCUGAUCCAUGCUCGUGUAAAAGUGGAUCCGACGAGAUACAUAUCCUGGACUGCAACCGCAAAAGACUUACGACAGCUCCUCGUAACCCCCCUAGCUGGAUCACCCAAGUGAGCAUGAAUCAUAACGAAUUGACUUCUAUUCCUUCCCUUGGGGACGUCUCCUCCAACGUCACGUCGUUGUCAUUGAUCCACAACCGAAUCUGGGAGCUACCUCUGCAUCAGCUGCAGCUGUACACAUCCUUGGAGUCCCUCGACCUCGCCUCCAACUCUAUCUCUGUGCUCAAGGCCUUCCCCUCCAUGCCGCUCAAAUACCUGAAUCUGAGCAACAACAAGGUCAGCACGCUGGAGCCGGGCUGCUUCGACAACAUCUCCAGCACCCUGUUGGUGCUCAAACUCAACCGCAACCGGCUGGCCCUGCUACCCUCCAAGGUCUUCAAGUUGCCCAUGCUAAACUUCCUUGAGAUUAAACGCAACAAGAUCAAGGUGGUGGACAGCCUGACCUUCAAGGGGAUGGAGGCCCUCCGCUCCCUGAAGAUGCAGAGAAACGGCAUCACCAAGCUGAUGGACGGAGCUUUCUUUGGACUGAACAACAUGGAAGAGCUAGAGCUGGAGCACAACAACCUGACGGAGGUAAGUAAGGGCUGGUUGUACGGCCUGCGGAUGCUGCGCGUCCUGCAGCUCAGCCAGAACACCAUCGGCAUCAUACGAGCAGACGCCUGGGAGUUCCUCCAGAAGCUCGAACAACUGGACCUCUCCUUCAACCACCUGACGCGUCUGGAGGACACGGCCUUCGUGGGCCUGGGCCUCCUGGAGAACCUGAACCUGGGGGAGAACACCAUCAGCCACCUGGGAGAGGGUGUGUUUGGCGGCCUGGCCAGCCUCCGCAGCCUGGAUAUCCGCAAUAAUGAGAUCUCCUGGGCCAUCGAGGACUCCAUCAGCGUGUUUGAGGGCAUGAAGAAGCUCAACACUCUUAUUCUCCAGAGGAACAAGAUCAAGUCCAUCACCAAGAAGGCCUUCCAGGGCUUGGAGGAGCUGGAGCACCUGGACCUGAGCAAGAACGGCAUCAUGUCAGUCCACCCCGACGCCCUGGCUCACCUGAAGCUGAAAUCCUUUAUGCUCAACACCACAAGCCUUCUGUGUGACUGCCAGCUGCAGUGGCUGGGCCAGUGGUUGAUUGACAGCCAUUUCCACCAAUCGGUCUCUGCUGUGUGUGCCCACCCGGCCAACCUGGUGGGGCGGGACAUCCUGUCUGUCACUGCCGAGGAAUUUGUUUGUGAUGACUUCCCCAAGCCGCGCAUCUCGGCGCACCCGGAGACGGCCACGGCGCUGCGGGGCACCAACGUGACUCUGAGCUGCGUGGCGUCCAGCAGCAGCGACUCGCCCAUGGCCACGGCCUGGCGCAAGGACGGCGAGGUGCUGUACGACGGGCAGGUGGAGAACUACGCCCGCUACCAGCAGGGCGAGCUCAGCUACACCACCGUGCUGCACCUGCUCAGCGUCAACUUCACGGACGAGGGCCUCUACCAGUGCGUGGUCACCAACCACUUUGGCUCCAACUACUCUCACCGCGCCCGGCUCACCGUCAACGAGCUGCCCUCCUUCCUGAAGACGCCCAUGGACCUGACCAUCCGCACGGGCACCAUGGCCCGGCUGGAGUGCGCCGCCGACGGCCACCCCUCCCCGCAGAUCGCCUGGCAGAAGGACGGCGGCACGGACUUCCCCGCCGCCCGCGAGCGCCGCAUGCACGUCAUGCCCGACGACGACAUCUUCUUCAUCGCCAACGUGAAGACGGAGGACAUGGGCGUGUACAGCUGCACGGCGCAGAACGCCGCCGGCAGCCUGUCGGCCAACGCCACGCUGACCGUACUGGAGACGCCGUCCUUCAUGCGCCCGCUGGAGGACCGCACGGUGGCGCGCGGCGAGACGGCGGUGCUCCAGUGCAUCGCCGGCGGCAGCCCCGCCCCCCGCCUCAACUGGACCAAGGACGACGGGCCGCUGGUGCUCACGGAGCGCCACUUCUUCGCCGCCGCCAACCAGCUGCUCAUCAUCGUGGACGCGGGGCCGGCCGACGCCGGGAAGUACACCUGCGUCAUGUCCAACACGCUGGGCACGGAGCGCGGGCACAUCUACCUGGGCGUGUCGCCGUUGGCCAACUGCGACACGGGCGCCUCGUACGAGUCGGACAACUGGACCACGGUGGGCAUCGUGGUGAUCGUGGUGGUGUGCUGCGUGGUGGGCACCUCGCUGGUCUGGGUCAUCGUCAUCUACCACAUGCGCCGGAAGAGCGAGGACUACAGCAUCACCAACACAGAUGAAAUGAACCUGCCGGCAGACAUCCCCAGCUACCUGUCCUCCCAGGGCACCUUGUCGGAGCCCCAGGAGGGCUACAGCAACUCGGAGGCUGGCAGCCACCAGCAGCUCAUGCCCCCGCUGUCCAACGGCUACGCCCACAAGGGCACCGACGGUGUGUUCUACGGGGACACGGGCCUGGAGCUGGAUAACGAGGGCGGGACGCUGCACUGCAGGGUGGGCUCGCUGUUCCCCGGCAGGAGCAGCUUCCAGCCGGGGGAGCAGCCCCGAGGAGACGGCCUCCCCGGUGCUCCCACAGCAGGUGGCGCAGGUUCGCUGGUCAUCUGCUCCGACUGCUACGACAACGCCAACAUCUACUCCCGCACCCGGGAGUACUGCCCCUACGCCUACCUGGGGGCGGAGGAGGACGACGUGGGGCUGGGGGCCCCCCGCGGCCCCCCCAGAGAGGACGCCACGCUGGAGGGCCUCAUCAGCCAGCAGGACCCCUCCGCCUCCAACUCCUCCUACGGGGGCCUCCACCCCCCCUCGCACGGGGAACGUCUGGGGGGCCCGGAGCCUGGAGAGUGCUACGCCACCGACCCGGCCAGCAGGAGCUUCUGGGGUGAGGGAAAGGAGCCUGUGGUUUCCCAGCUCCCCGUCCCGCUGGCGCCCCCCUCUGGCCACAGGUCGGAGCAGCAGCAGCAGCAGCAACAACACAACAGUAGCAGCAGCAGCUUCCCAGGCACUGCUCACACGCAAGCCGUCAACAACACAAGUGGAUCCCAUAGGACUAACACACAGGAGCAUCCUGCUCCCUCAUAGGCUAGGCUUGCCCUAGCCCCCCCCUAAACACACACACACACACACACACACACACACACACACACACACACACACACACACACACACACACACACACACACACACACACACACACACACACACACACACACACACACACACACACACACACACACACACACACACACACACACACACACCUGAUUCCUCCCCCUUCCUCUUCACCAGAGCCACGAUUCCCCCACUUCAGCUUCUCUCCAUCCACUACCUCCUAAGAGACUUCCUCGCUCUCUGCCAAAGAUUCUCUCUCACUCUGACUCUCACAUGUGUUUACAUUCCCACCGGCCCAGAGACGAGGAGGACUUCAUGCCUCGUUGUUUGAACUGAAACUCCAGGCCGGGAAAGAAAAAGAAAAGACUUAAUGCAAACUUUGAGGCGAUUGAGAUCCCCUCGUGAAGAUGUACGGACCAACCCCCCCCCCCCAUCCUCCCCAUCGUCCCAGCUCCACACACACUCUACUCUGCUCCCUCUAUCUCUCUCUCCAGAGAAAGCUAUGAAUGUAUGCUCGGAAGAGCCCCACGUCACUGGGAGACACAUUCCCCGUGCCCUGCCACGUGGAGACCGGGGUACCGGUCAACACCGGGGGUACACACCCGGCGUGAACCUCCCGGAGCCUGCCCUGUGACUCCGCCUCAAUUCCCAGCAGAGGGAGGGGGGAGGGGGCAGGGGGGGGGGGUAUAUAAAGGAUGGAAGAGGAUCAAAGAUGGAGGACUCGUCCAGUUCUCUGACCAGCAGUCCCUGGUUCCCUAUAUAUAUACACGGCGGAACCGCGGAUGCAUAUAUGACCUACAUUCCCAUGGCAACCUGUACUUGACUCUCAAAGCGGAUUGGUUGCCUGUUGAUGCAAGCUUUGAGGACGCGCUCGCACACCACGUUGCCACACGGUGGCUUCUUGCGUGUGCGCGCGUGUUAUACGUGUAAUAAUAUAUCCUACAUUAAUAUUUGCCUAUUGAUGUUUUUUGUUUUUCCUACUAUGUCUGUAAGAGGUACCGUAUCCCGUUUUUCCUUGUUUGGAUUCUCUGCUGUCCCCGGGUGCCCGGUCUGGUAUGAAUAAUCAUACGUGUUUGCACAUUCGACAAUCGUGUCGGUCGUUCCUUGGGAGAGCCCCGCUGUUGUGUUUUUAAACAAUCCUUGUGCGUCCUUUCUUCAGGUACAACAAUGGUGUACAAAAAUGUGUAUCGAUUUCAAUAUGCACUGAUUCGUGUUAUUUUCCCCGGGGUCGUUGUUUAGCAGGCACUUGAUUAUGAAUUCUUUGUACGUUCUUUUAACCGUAAUGCAUUUCUGUACCCAUAAUGCAUUGAGCAUGGCUGCUGCGUCUUACUGGGUACGACCCCAUUGUUUCCACUUCUCGUGUGUGUCUGUGUGCAUCCAAUCCUAGUCUUAUCGGUGUGUUGGGAGUGAAAUAUGCUCGGAUAUAUUUGGCUGAUUCCUAAACCCUGUUAUUUCCCAGCGUUUCUCUGGCAUGCAGAGAUCCAAAAAUGUCUGCUGAAGAACUCAUUAUAGCGAGAGCGGCGUUAAUUAAAGCGCUGCAAAGCUUCCGUAAUGCUGCUUAUCAAGACGCUUAUCAAAAUCAGAUCGCUUAAUCUCCCCACCCCCCCUCCUGCUUUCAUUAACGUCUGCAUUCAUUACCAAGAGGUAAUCUUUAUUUCAUAUGCGCCCCCUCGCUCCUGUUGGUUGCCUGAAUGUGUUCGCGAUACCUUUUGAUCGCACGUUGGUUACUAUCCGGAAUACAUCUUCUGUUCGGAUGAUGGAUUUCCUUUCCUCUCUCUUCUCCGCGCCACCCCUCUGUUUUACUCUGCCUACGUCUCGCUUCCACCACGGCAGUUGUCUGCCAAUUGAAUCAUUUCCAUAUUUUGAGCAGUUGUGCUCUUGUUAUGCAUUUUCAAUUUGAGGUGUUUCAAGAGGAAACUACCACCCUGGUACUUGUUCUUUUGGGGCUGUAGCCUCAGCAGCAGCUGAGGUAUUUCUAAUGUUGGGAAAAAUGCUUAAUUUCUCCGUUGGUGGUGAAUUUGGAAUAAGUGUAUGUACCCAUUGCUUGGGUUGGGAGUCCGCUCUGGCACAGUUAGUGAAAGCUACGCUUUGUGUGUUUAGGUUCGCUGUCUUAAUGUAGUUCACCUGCUGGGUUGGUUCAUGGUGCAUGGGCAGGUGAGUUAUGGUACUUUAAAUACAGGAUAUUCUGUGGUUAUGCAAAGACCUGGUUGAGGUCUGCCUUGGUACACCAAAUCACAUACACCUUACACGCCUUUUUUUGUAUCGACGAUAACGAGUCCAUCCACGUGAUGUUUUAUUCCCUCCUUUCUGUUGGACCAAUGUUAGGACACUUACAUGUAAUGAGAAUAUUUUCCACUGAAAUCUGAUUGCCACUGACUUUAACUUUUUUGAUUUCCCGGGAAAAGUUCUUAGUCCAGAAAACCGGUUCUUCCAAAAGCAGUCAAUGUUCUGGUCGAGUGCAAAAUAAAUACACAGUGAAAUGUAUAGAAAACGUGUCUGUCACCAUGGAAACACUAUUUGUACUAACAAUUGUUCAAUUGUUAAUUUGUAUGCUUUUUGUUUUGUAUCUUUUUAUUGUUUUUUCUUUGUUCAGGUCUUUCCGACCCAAUACCAAAGUUUAGCAGGGGUGCCUGAUAUUACCCAAUGCUGCUUGUUUUUGUACUGUUGGAACUUGUUCAGUUAAAUAUGAAUUGUAUUUGGUUUAAACUCUGGAUACUUGUACAGAAAAAUCUUUAAAUCUAAAGCGCCAUUUUGUUACAUAGCAGUUACUCAUAAUAAACACAUGUAAAACAUAAAAUCACUUGUUAUCUGUUCUAACAUGCACC